UAAGCAUGGGUUCUUCUUCUUUGUUCUCUCUUAUCUUUUGCUUUCUGGUUCUCUUCAAUUGUUGCUUUGCACAAAUAGAGCAGGUGACCUCACAACAUGGUCAGCAACAACAGGGACAACGACGCUCUCAGCAGAACGAAUGCCAAUUUGAUAGGAUCAAUGCCCUCGAGCCUGCUCGCAAGUUCAGAUCCGAGGCUGGUGUCACAGAAAUUUGGGACGAGAAUGACCAGCAAUUUCAAUGUGCUGGUGUUGUAGUUAUCCGCCAUACGAUUAACCAGCGAGGCCUCUUGUUGCCUGCAUACUCUAAUACACCUAAGCUCAUAUAUAUAGACCAAGGUAGGGGCUUUCAUGGAGCUGUAAUCCCAGGUUGUCCAGAGACAUUCCAAUCAUCAGGACAGAAUUCUAGAGAUCGAAGAGAAAGCUCCCAAGACCAUCAUCAGAAGGUUAGACAAGUUAGAGAGGGUGAUGUUGUUGCCUUGCCUUCAGGAGUAGCUGAUUGGUUUUACAACAAUGGUGAUUCUCCUCUUGUUCUUGUCCAACUUCUUGACACUAGCAAUGCUGCCAACCAGCUUGAUCAGGAUUUCAGGAAAUUCUUCUUGGCUGGCAACCCACAACAAGAACUACAAAGCCAAAGAAGCUCAUACCAGAGUGGCCAACAUGAAGGCGAAAGUCGAAGACACAAGCAGGAAAGAUAUCGCAACAUCUUCGGUGGCUUCGAUGAGCGAUUACUCGCAGAAGCUUUCAACGUUGACACCAAACUAGCAAGAAGGAUGAAGAAUGAAAAUGAUAACAGAGGCAUUAUUGUCCGAGUUCAGCAUGAACUUCAGGUGGUAAGUCCACAACAAAGUCGAGAGGAGGAAGAACGAGAACGAGAACACCAAAGGAGACCAGGUGGUAGGGGCAAUGGUCUAGAGGAAACAUUCUGCAAUGCCAGGUUGAAGCACAACAUCAAUAAUCCAGAACGUGCUGAUGUCUUUAAUCCUCAUGCUGGACGCCUCACUACUGUCAACAGCCUCAAUCUCCCUAUCCUUCGCUAUCUCCAGCUUAGUGCUCAGAGAGGCGUCCUUUACCCUAAUGCUUUGAUGUCACCAAAUUGGAACAUCAAUGCUCACAGCAUAUGCUAUAUUACUAGAGGAAGUGGAAGGAUUCAGAUUGUUGGAGACAACGGGCAAGCAGUAUUUGAUGGACAAGUUCGAGAGGGUCAAGUAAUAACAGCACCCCAAAACUUUGCAGCAGUCAAGAAGGCAGGAAGCCAAGGACUGGAGUGGGUAUCAUUCAAGACUAAUGACAACGCACAAAUCAGUCAAUUGGCAGGACGUAUCUCUGUCAUCCGUGCCAUUCCUGAGGAUGUGCUUGCAAAUGCAUUCCAGAUCUCAAGGGAAGAUGCUAGGAGGCUUAAGAACAAUAGGGAGGAAGUUAGUGUUUUUAGUUCUUCCCAGCAAUCACAAUUUGGAAGGGAUUAAAGCUAGCAUCUAUGCUAUAG